GGCUGCGCGGAGGCGGACGCGGCGGCGGGCAGGGGCUCCCGGGGCAUGGCCUGACCCCGGCCCCUCCCCGCCUGCGCCGCCCCCGCCGGCCCCCCUCCGCCCGGCCCGGCCUGGCCCGCGUGCGCGCGGCGGCUCCGAGGGGGCGGCCCCGGGAAUGGCUGCGCCCCCUCCGGCGCCAGUGCCGCGCGCGCCCUUUUACCUGCGGGGGCCGGCGCCCGGCCCGCAGUGCCCAUGGGGCAUGGAGGAGGGCGCGACGGCCGGCGCGCGCUGCCGGGAGCCCCCGGGCCCCCCGCGGGCGGCCGUCCCCUGCUUCGCGGUCUCCGUGCACCCGGACGACAUCCUGCCCGGCGCCCUGCGCCUCAUCCGCGAGCUGCGGCCGCAGUGGAAGCCCGAGCAAGUUCGGACCAAGCGCUUCACCGACGGCAUCACCAACAAGCUGGUGGCCUGCUACGUGGAGGAGGACAUGCGGGACUGCGUGCUGGUCCGGGUGUACGGGGAGCGGACGGAGCUGCUGGUGGACCGGGAGAGCGAGGUCAGGAACUUCCAGCUGCUGCGAGCCCACGGCUGCGCCCCCAAACUCUACUGCACCUUCCAGAAUGGGCUGUGCUAUGAGUACAUGCGGGGCGUGGCCCUGGGGCCUGAGCACAUCCGGGAGCCCCGGCUCUUCAGGCUAAUCGCCUUGGAAAUGGCAAAGAUCCACACCAUCCACACCAACGGCAGCCUGCCCAAGCCCACCCUCUGGCACAAGAUGCACACCUAUUUCACCCUUGUGAAGAACGAGGUCAACCCCAGCCUCUCCGCAGACGUCCCCACGCUGGAGGUGCUGGAGCGGGAGCUGGCCUGGCUGAAGGAGCACCUGUCCCAGCUGGGCUCCCCUGUGGUGUUUUGUCACAACGACCUGCUCUGCAAGAACAUCAUCUACGACAGCACCAAAGGUCACGUACGGUUCAUCGACUACGAAUACGCCGGCUACAACUACCAAGCUUUUGACAUUGGCAACCAUUUCAACGAGUUUGCAGGUGUGAAUGAAGUCGAUUACUGCCUCUACCCUGCGAGGGAGACCCAGCUGCAGUGGCUGCGCUACUACCUGCAGGCCCAGAAGGGGAUGGCCGUGACCGCCAGCGAGGUGCAGCGGCUCUACGUGCAGGUCAACAAGUUUGCCCUGGCUUCUCACUUUUUCUGGGCGCUCUGGGCCCUCAUCCAGAACCAGUUCUCCACCAUCGACUUCGAUUUCCUCAGGUACGCAGUGAUCCGAUUCAACCAGUACUUCAAAGUGAAGCCUCAGGUGUCUGCCUUGGAGAUGCCAAAGUGACGGCGCCCCCCUCCCCCUCCUCCCCUCCGCCUGGCAGGCUGGUUCUCUGGGACUCGCGCUGUUCUGGGUCGGUCUGUACCCUGGGACGAGGUGGGAAGAGGGGACAGGUGGGUAUCUGGGGAGGACACUGCCAGCCCCUCGUGGGCGCUGCUGGGACCACAUUCUAUUGUUUGGAGGGGCUGAUGGACCUAGCUCUGGGGGUCCUCUUUACCUGGCCAGACCUGGAGGGGGGGGGGCGUGCCUGCAGCAGCAGCCAUAACUGACCACAGCCACCCCCGAGAGGCCAGCGUGCUCAGCCCCGGGCCAGGCCGGAGUCUGGGCUGCCUUAGAGAUGUCUUUGACCCGCCCCCCCCCCCCCCCGGCUUGGGGAGGGGAAAGGUGGGAAGGUCCUUUCUACCUCCAGUGCCCUGAGCCUGCAGCCAUCGCCCACAGGCCCCAGGUGGGAGGUGUGGAGCCCAAACCAGCGCCAUGCCAACUCUUGACAGGUGGAUGUACUUAAAGGGGGAAGGGGGCUCUCGAAGGGUUUGAGACCUUCCUAGCAACUGCCUCAUCCGCGAUCAUUCUCGGAGCCAGAUCCAAUCAAAUAGCCCUUCCCAAACCUUAGCCCAGGGCCUUGUCCUGUGCUCUCUGCUCUGUGCCGCCCCCUGCAGCCUGCUGGGAGGAAGGCCAGGGAACGCCACCAUAGCCUGGCUCUACUUCAUGCCAUGGCUCGGCCGGAGGGGCCCGCAGCCUUGUUCCUGCCUCUGCCUUCCAGGCAUCUGUCUCUCCAUGGCCGCCCACUUGGGGUUGACCAGUGGGAGCCAAGGAGCAGGCGGGCCCAGGGCUCUCGGGCAAGCUGGAGCCUGGGUCGGAUCUGUCUGAAGGUGCUGACAGCAUUGACUCGCCAGUCUCCACCUCCUUUCUGCCCUCACAGCCCCCCGGGCCCUCAGCCUGGGCCCAUCAAGUGAUUCAUUUGUAAAUUAUCUUGAUUUUUCUGCAUUAAAAAUGGCCAUUUCUGGAUCA